AUGAUCUACUUGGCACAUGAAAUCAGAGCUCUUGUUAAGCUCUUCCAUGCUCGUGCUAGCAGAAGGUUCAAUAGGGGCUUGAAGAGGAAACCCAUGGCUUUGGAAGGAAUUAUGAUUAUAGUACUUGAGAUGAUUGGCAGCGUAAUUGGUGUUUACAAUGGAAAAUCUUUCAAUACCAUUGAGGUCAAGCCAAAAAUGAUUGGCCACUAUCUAGCUGAGUUUUCAAUAUCGUACAAGCCUGUCAAGCACGGUAGGCCAGGUAUUGGUGCCACCCAUUCUUCAAGGUUCAUUCCUCUGAAGUGAGGUGUUCUGCUAUCAGCUGGAAGAUAUGUGAAGUUUUGUUUCAAGAUUUCUAAGCUAUGCUUUACCAACUCUGUUUUGCCCUGGGAUUUUAGAUUUUACUAUGGAUGUUUAAACAUUGAUCUUUAGCUUAAUACUGCAUCUGAAAGACAGAGUACAAGUUUUUUGACUGA